UUGUCCUUGCUGGAAGGAACCAUGAAUUGGCAUUUUCCAUUCUUCCUCUUGGCCACGGUGACUCUUCCUUUAGUCUGCUCCAAGUUCAACCCACUUUCUCUCGAGGAGCUUGGCUCCAACACGGGAAUCCAGGUUUUCAACAAGAUCGUCAAGUCCCGGCCUCAUGAGAACAUCGUCAUUUCCCCCCACGGGAUUGCAUCGGUCCUGGGGAUGCUUCAGCUGGGGGCUGAUGGCAGGACAAAGAAGCAGCUCACCAUGGUGAUGAGCUACGGUGUGAAAAGAGUCGGCAAAAUGCUAAAGAAGAUUAACAAGGCCAUCGUCUCCAAGAAGAAUAAAGACAUUGUAACUGUGGCCAAUGCAAUGUUUGUUAAGAAUGGCUUUAAAAUGGAAGUGCCUUUUGUGACAAGGAACAAAGAUGUCUUUAAAUGUGAAGUCCGGAAUGUGAACUUUGAAGACCCUGCCUCUGCCUGUGACUCCAUCAACAUGUGGGUGAAGAAUGAGACUAGGGGUAUGAUCGACAAUCUCCUCUCCCCAGACCUCAUCACAGGCGAGCUCACCAGGCUGGUCCUCGCCAAUGCCGUGUAUUUUAAGGGUUUGUGGAAAUCACGGUUCCAACCUGAGAACACAAAGAAACGGACCUUUGUGGCCGCCGAUGGGAAGUCCUAUCAGGUUCCGAUGCUGGCCCAGCUCUCCGUGUUCCGGUGUGGGUCCACCAGCACCUCCAACGAUUUGUGGUACAACUUCAUCGAGCUUCCCUACCAUGGGGAGAGCAUCAGCAUGCUGAUUGCACUGCCUACCGAGAGCUCCACCCCGCUGUCCGCCAUCAUUCCCUACAUCAGCACCAAGACCAUAGACAACUGGAUGAACAUCAUGGUGCCCAAGAGGGUGCAAGUGGUCCUGCCCAAGUUCACAGCUGUAGCACAAACAGAUCUGAAGGAGCCACUGAAAGCUCUUGGCAUUACUGAGAUGUUUGAUCCAUUAAAGGCAAACUUUGCAAAAAUCACAAGGUCAGAAAACCUUCAUGUUUCUCACAUCUUGCAAAAAACAAAAAUUGAAGUCAGUGAAGAUGGCACCAAAGCUUCGUCAGCAACAACCGCCAUUCUGAUUGCACGGUCUUCACCGCCAUGGUUUAUAGUAGACAGACCUUUUCUAUUUUUCAUCCGACAUAACCCUACAGGUGCUCUCUUAUUCAUGGGACAGAUAAACAAACCUUGAAGAAAAUAUGUAAGAAACCCGACAAAGCAAAGACCACUUUGCUAUGAAGAAAAGACUCCUCUUUUACAUCUCUCAUAGUUAUGUUAAAUAUUUUUGUACGUUGCCUCCUUUUUCAAAACUAGUUCAUAGCAACAGAGAUUCUGGGGACACCAGCAUUUCUGUCCUGGGACGU